GAAAAGAAUUCAGGUAGCCUCAAAUCUACAUGUAUUGGCAACCAUCCAGUCAACAAGCCAUUGAGCAUUCCAAGAGAAUUCAGACCGAAAUUAAAUUGAGCAAGACAGCUGUAGACCAUGAGUAACCAAGCCGAACAAGCGAAGCAACUGGACUCUGUUACGGAUGUCGUCCAAGAAAAAGAGAUUGAUGCCUCCAAGGCGCAAGAAGCUAUGAGUGCCUUGACGGCUCAGAAAGCCGAUCAAAGCCUGGAUGCCGCGGCCCAAGCAGUGGCGGUCUCCAAGGAAGAUGUGGCGUUGAUAAUGUCGGAAUUGGAAGUGACAGAAGAUGUUGCAGAACGAUCUUUACGAAGUGUGACCGUGGAGGAUGGACAAAGCCGAGUAGUGGAAGCACUUCGACAUCUCGUCACUUCAGUCUAGCCACAAAUACUACUGAAGGUGCUGCCUACGAGCAGCAGUGGACUGGCAGGUAACAUGUGGAGUCGAGAAGCGAGUCGAGUCAGUUUCAUUGCAUAACUUCAAAUAAGGCGACAAUCUAUUCCAUUAUUCAGUACAAUCAAAGGUGCCACUAGCUAGUAUUAUCUAAAACUCUAUUUGGCUUUAUUUGCCUGCCGCUUGAAUAAUUCCCUCAUUCCGUGAUUUCCCAACACCGAGCUGCGGG